UCACCUCACGUUCCCUUCCCUCCCCAGCGCACCACACUCUCUGUCCUCUCCUCCAACAUAACUCAACUAAACUAAACUUAACUUUCCUUUUGUUUUCUUGGAAUAUUGAGUAGAAGAAGAAGAAGAAGAAGAAAGAAGAAACCGUUUCGUUUCAUACUGGCCGAGACAUGUCGACGGCGAAACAAACCAGCCGAAACUUCCCACCGAUCACGAAGUGCGGCAGCGGCGGAACGACGUCGUACGGAUCCAUAGCGGCGGAUCUGGACGGCACGCUUCUGAUCUCCAGAAGCUCCUUCCCUUACUUCAUGCUCGUCGCCGUCGAAGCCGGCAGCCUCCUCCGCGGCUUCUUCCUCCUCCUCUCACUCCCCAUUGUCAUCUUCGCCUACCUUUUCGUCUCCGAAGCCCUCGGAAUCCAAAUCCUCAUCUUCAUCUCCUUCUCCGGCCUCAAGAUCCGAGACAUCGAGCUCGUUUCUCGUGCUGUUUUACCGAGGUUUUAUGCGGCGGAUGUGAGGAAGGAGAGCUACGAGGUGUUUGAGAAAUGCGGAAGAAAGGUGGUGGUUACGGCGAACCCGACGCUGAUGGUGGAGCCGUUCGUGAAAGACUUCCUCGGCGGGGACAAGGUCAUCGGGACGGAGAUUGAGGUCAACCCGAAGACGAAGAAGGCGACCGGAUUUGUGAAGAAACCCGGCGUGUUGGUCGGUAAAUGGAAGAGGCUGGCUCUUCUCAAGGAGUUCGGUGACGAAUCGCCGGAUAUCGGCAUCGGAGACCGCGCGUCCGACCAUGAUUUUAUGUCCAUGUGCAAGGUAGCUCUCAGUCCUUUUUGCACUAUAAAAGCUUUCCUCCAAUUAAUCAGUUAAGAAAAAUGGAAAUAUAA